AGAGAUUUUUACACUUGGUGUCCUUUUUUGUCCUUUUUUUACUUUUUUGUCAAUGCUGGGUUAUUUAAACUUUUAUACAAGUUUUAUUUUUCAAUUUUACAUUUUCAAAAGUUUCAUAAUUACAAAUAUACCUAUCCCUAUGCUUAUGUCAUGGUUUUCUCUCUUCUUACACUCCACCACUUCCAUAACUCCUCCUUUCUUUUCUUUUUUUUAUUUUUUCUUUUUUAUUUUCUGUUUCUCUUUCCUUGGUUCUUCAUUACCACAACCCACGAUCAUCCCGUCCAAAGCCCUAACCCACGAUUUUUCAACCUCUCAUCUAUGUCACUAUCUCCAUUAUUUUCCAUAAGCUCUGUAAGUUGUUCCUCCCACAUAUUGUCUUCUCUUCUUCUAUAAAUGGCCACCACUAAGUCGGGUUCAAAGUUACUUUCCCCAGCUAAAUUUUUUUAAAAAAUUUCUAAGAAACCUCCUACAAAUUCAUCUAAAGUUGAUCCUAAGAUGAGUUUGAAGCGCAUUGCGAAGAAAGGAAUGAGUGAUGUUGCAGAGCCAUCUGGUUCGAAGAAAAGACCUAUUCUAAAUAAAAUUGAGUCUCGUAAGACAAAGAGAGCAAAAUCUUCGAAAUCUGCCAAGGAUGUUAUAUCUUAUUUUGAUUUUGAGGAUGAAGUGCAUGAUGGGGAAGUGAAGCCUAAAGUUAAAUCCAAGGUCCAUGCUAAGAGCUCAGAAAAGUAUGAAGACUUUGACUUACCCAAAAAAAAAAAUCCUUCUAAGGUGUCUUUUUUUGUGUUUUUUUAUAGUACAUUUCUGUUUUUCCCUUUUCUAUUGUUUCAUGUCAUUUGUCAGUGAUGAUAAUCAUUUUUGUGUUGUCGACUUCUUUUUCUUCUUCCUGGUUGUUUUCAAGCUGUUGUACCAUUUCUGCAGCCACAAGCUUUGCGUAGUCAAAAUAUUCAUUUACUCCUGUAGUUUUUUUUGUGUUGUUUUUUGGUUGUUGGAUGGUUGUCUCUGAUGUCACAGUCCCUGUCUCUAGAAAAAAUGUAUCAUCUUGAAUUGUGUGUGCAAAUAGUUGUUGCUUGGAAGUUGUUCCUGGGUUGUUUCCAGGUUACUGCAAAUCUUCAUGUGCUGAGUUGUUGUCAUAUGCUGCCAUCAUCAUAUUUUUAUCUGUGAAAUCAACUAUUAAACAACUAUUUUGAAGCAUACGUUAGUUAAUAAGGAUAAAUUCAACAUUUCUUGUUUGGAGAUCCCAAACUACAAUUAUUUUACUGGAAAACAACUUAUAAACAACUGUUUACAGAUUCAAAUCCUGUAGCAUCUAAUUAUAUGCAUUAAUAUUAUUUUUUUUGAUGCAAUUUGUUGUUGUUUUUUUGUUCAGGUUUAUAAAAUUUCCUGAUUAUUUCAAUUUUUUCCUGUUUUCCUCAAUUUAUAACACAUUCUCAAUUAUGUAGAAUAAAAAAAUAGGAAGAGGUUCAUGAAGAAAUUGUAUUACCUUCAAUUCUUUCUUUGAUUCGAUUAUGGGUGAGUUUCAAUGAUUUCUCAAUGUCCUUCUCUUCGAUUCCUCUCCUUUGAACUCGUUGGGUUUUUGAUUGUAGGUUGUUUUUGCAUUUUUUGUACAGCAAUGGAGGUUGAAUACUUUUUUUUUUUCUUAUAUGGAUUUUUCGGAUUUUGAUUGGUUUUUCGUUGAGAUCUACAUCUUGUUCAGAUCUGAUUUCCUUGGUUUUUGAAAAAAAAAAUGGUGGAGAUUUGGUUAUUUGGGGUUUCUUGGCUGGGUCACGAAGAAGGAGGUCUCUCCUCCGUUUUUUGUGGCUGGCUGGUAUUUUUGUAAAUAGAAAGUUUUGUUUUCUAUUUAUGUUUAUUUUUCCUUUUUAGGUUAUAAAUGUAAAUUGCUUCCCUUUUUAAUUUAUUAUAGAAAAAAUCCCAUAAAUCAAUAAGUUAUACAUUUUCAAAAGUUAAACUUAAAUAUUUAAAGGUUGCAAAAUUUGAAAUAUUAUUUCAACAAUCACUAUCAAAUUAAAACAUAAUUCACAAAAGUAUAUUUUCAAAAUAUAAAUAUUAAUUAGUAAUAUACAUGAUCUAUAUUAUUUUCAAAAAUGUACAUGAAGAUUUUUUAGUUAAUUAAUAUUUAUAAAAAUUUAAUAUAAUAAAAAAUAAAGAAGUUUAAUAUUAUAAAUUUAAAUUCAGUUUAAGAUAAAUGUUAAAAUGCAAUUUCAACAAUCAAUAUCAAAUUGAAACAUAAAAAAUGUAUAUUUUUAAAAUAUAAAUAUUAGUUAGUUAUAUACAUGGUAUAGAUAUUAUUUUCAGAAUUAUACAUCAAGAUUUUUUUUAA